UUCGUUUUGGCUGCCGCUGCUCAACCCGUAUUGUUUUGUGUUUUUUGUUAUUGUAAAGUGUCCUUGGGUGUCUUGAAAGGCGCUUAUAAAUAAAAUGUAUUAUUAUUAUUAUUAUUAUUAUUCCUGUUGCGAGCUGCUUAUGUCCGUGUCAAUGCUUACGUACCUCAUUUUCUCUUGCUCUCAUAUUUAGUCGGAGGAAUUACACGGGGUAUCUCUUGCAUUCAUUUGGCCGUACAUGUAUUUGUAUGACAAAUAAACGAUAAAAUGAUAACAUAUUUUUAAAAAACACAUUUAUUUUGUGUCACCUGGGGGAAAAAUAUGCUGUAGUGUGCAUGCCAAGUCGCUAGGUGGCACUUGUGGUGGCAUUGGUGGUCAUACUAUCCACGAGUAAGUAUCAUUUCACUGGUAUCGAAGUAAAACGUCCAUCAAUAUGCUAAUAUUUCAUGAGAGAUGAUAAGUCACGCUCGUUUAUAAUAACAUUUUGCUCAAUCUUCUAUUAAUCUCUAGGGAAGGGCGGAACUGCCGAUGCGAGGUGACGUUUUUGGAGUGGCAAAUACGUUCGAACGUACUAUAGAGCGGUUUAUAACAUCGACCGCGUCUUCGCGUAAAUACGAUUUCAAAUGAAAUGAAAACGAAGAAAACUUAAUGUGACCCCCCCAUCCCCCACACCCCUCCAAUCUGAACAGAAGAUAAUCCUUCGAGCGGUGAGAAGGAGAGCAGGGAAGGCUGGGUGAAGAUCGAUACCAUCGCCGCCGACAAGAGUUUUUCCAAGGUGGAGCCCAGUUCGCCACAUCAGUACCAACCCAACCGAUACAGCCGCAUCAACAUCAAGACACGCAGCUUCGCACCGCUCACGCGCAAUGGAUUCGUCCUGGCCAUCGUGGACAGCGGCGCCUGCGUUUCCCUCAUGGGCGUGUCGGUCUUCUACCGCCGCUGUCCCGCCACCAGCCUCUACUUGGCGUCCUACCCGGCCACCCCCUCCGGUGCGGAGCCCACGGCUCUGGUGCCCGUGGCCGGCGCGUGCGUGGCCCACAGCCAGGCCCAAGUGGGCAGCGGGCCUCGCAUGCACUGCAACGCCGAGGGCGAGUGGAUGGUGCCGGUCGGAGGCUGCGUCUGCGACGAGGGCUAUGAAGCCAACCUGAAUGGAUCUGCCUGCUUGGCCUGCCCCGUGGGCUACUUCAAGCCCGCUUCAGGCUCCGCCCCCUGCUCGGUGUGCCCGGCCAACAGCCGCACCAGCCGAGAGGGCUCCAGCGUGUGCGAAUGUCGCAGCAGCUUUUACCGGGCCCCCGCCGAUGCCAACUCAUCCGCCUGCACAACUCCUCCCUCCGCUCCGGUGUCGUUGUCUUGGGAGUACGAAAGCGGCGACGGCGGGGUGUCUCUACGCUGGCGCCCUCCGGUGGACAUGGGAGGCCGCAGCGAAGUAUGGUACGGGGUGGUGUGUCGCAUCUGCCCCUCGCCCGCCAUCGCCAACCCGGCCGCGUGCUCCUGGUGCGGCGAGGGCGUCGCCUUCAGUCCCGUCCAGACCAACCUCAAACAAACCAGCGUGACCCUCGGCAACCUGCUCACCAGAGUCACGUAUCUCAUACAGGUGCAAGCCUUGAAUGAAGUGUCGGCGCUGAGCCCUUUCCCAGCUCGUUACGCAAGCAUCAAUUUUACCACCAGCCAGUCAGUUCCCAGUACGGUUCCCAUGAUGCACCAGCUGAGCCGUGCCCCGGACUCCAUCACGUUGUCGUGGCCGCAGCCCGACAGACCCAACGGGGACAUCCUGGAGUACCAGCUCAGAUACUUUGAUAAGGGCUCGGACGUGGACAGCGCGCUCAGCGUGUACAGCGAGACCAACACCCUGACCGUCGGCUCCCUGACGGCGGGCUCCAUCUACGCCUUCCAGAUCCGAGCUCGCAACGAGCGAGGCUUCGGCCCCUACAGCAACACCGUCUACUUCACCACACUGCCUCUCGAGGAACAUUCCCAGCAGGUCCAAAAUCAGCUUCCUCUGCUGGUGGGCUCGGUGAUGGGAGGGGCGGCCUUUCUGCUGGUGGUGGCGGCCAUCGUGGUGGUGGUGGUAUUCCGCAGUAAAAGGCGGGCGAGUCCGUACAGCGACAGACUCCAGAGGUACAUCAGUAACAGAGGCGGUGUGAAAUAUUACGUGGACCCCUCCACUUACGAGGACCCCAGCGAGGCUGUCAAAGAAUUUGCCCGGGAGAUUGACUCCACUCACCUGAGGAUCGAGGAGGUGAUCGGCGCGGCCCAGUUCGGGGAGGUGUCCCGGGGUCGCUACCGUCCGCCGGGGCGCCGGGAGGUGCUGGUUGCCGUCAAGACUUUGCGCUGGGGGGCGUCAGACCGAGAGAAAGGCAUGUUCCUGAGUGAGGCGGGGGUCUUGGGGCAGUUUGACCACCCCAACGUGCUCAAGCUGGAGGGCGUGAUCACACGUGUCCCUCCGGCAAGGAUCGUCACGGAGUUUAUGGAGAACGGGCCCCUGGAUUCCUUCCUCAGGGAGAACGAGGGUCAAUUCAGCGUCCUUCAGCUGGUGGGGAUGCUGCGAGGCGUCGGCGCCGGGAUGCGAUACCUGGCGGAGAGGAACUUUGUCCACAGGGACCUGGCGGCCAGGAACGUGCUGGUCAACUCCAACCUGGUGUGCAAAGUGUCCGACUUUGGCCUGUCCCGUCUCAUGAGGGGCCUGGACCACAAUGUGCCAACAUAUACCGCCUCCCUGGUACGUUCUGUGAAAAGCCCCGCCCCCCGAACGGCGCAAUUUUUGAGCGGCUCCGUUUCCCCCCCCCCGCGGCAGGGGAGCAAGAUUCCCGUGAGGUGGACGGCACCGGAAGCCUUUCAGCAUCGCAAGUUCAGCUCGGCCAGCGACGUCUGGAGCUUCGGCGUCCUGAUGUGGGAAGUGAUGUCGUACGGCGAGCGCCCCUACUGGGACAUGAGUAAUCAGGAGGUGAUGAAGGCCGUAGCCGAGCAGUUUCGUCUGCCCGCCCCCACCGGCUGCCCCUCGGCCCUCCAUUCGCUGAUGCUGCAGUGCUGGCAGGCCGAGCGGGGGGACCGGCCGGGCUUCGAGUCCAUCCUGUCCUCCCUGGACCGCCUCAUCAGGCAUCCCGCGUCCCUCAAGACGGACGUAGCGCGAAGCUGCUCGCAGCCGCUGCUAAGCCCCACCCCCACAGAUUUCUCCUCGGUGGCCACCGUCGGCGAUUGGCUACGGGCGCUGAGGAUGGAGCGAUAUCAAGAUGAGUUUGAUCGAGCGCACUUGGACACGUUGGAUAGAGUCAGCCGCCUCACCGUGGAAGACAUCCAGAACCUCGGCGUCAACCUGCUGGGUCACCAGAGGAAAAUCUUCAACGCCGCCCAGCAGCUCAAGGCCCACCUGACUCAGGGCCAGGUGGAGGUGUGACUGCAAGCGCGCUGAAGGCCACCAGCGUGGACUCCUGCUGACUUUUGCCACUGCAUUCAAAGACAUAUCCGGGGACUGAAAUGACGGAAGAGGUGCACUGUGGGAAAUGAAGUCCGGCGAGGCCCGAGAAGACUGCAGCGGCCACUCUCGCGUUCAAGUGACAAAAACAGCAAUUUUUUGGGGUUGGGUGUCAAACAAGCGUCCACUUUUGCCCGUGAGAUAAGCCCCCCCCCCCCCCCCCAAGCUUUUGUACUCCACAGAAGUCACACACUUCACUUGGUUUUUCCGGUUUGACUGUAGGCACUAAAACACUUGUCACUCUGUGACCGUGUGACACUAUCGGAUCGGACCAACACUUGAAGGGAAUGUCCGCGGAUGCGGGUGUCAGUUUACACAUGAAUAGCUGUGUUUACAUGUAUAUGUGUUCACCACUAUUGCGUAAUUGUGAAGCAUUUGUAAAAUAAAUGAAAAUAUUUUAUUUAAUUUA